AUGCAUCAUGUACUAGGCGGUGGUGGAAGCACCGGGAAGCUGACCCCGUGGGAAGCAGGUCACCGUGAACCGGCGUUAGUUUACUGGCCUGGGCGUAUAAAACCAGGGCAAGUAUCGGAUUCCUUACUCAGUGCAAUGGACAUAUUCCCUACCAUAGCAACCAUAGCUGGUGUUGCCAUGCCUGCUAAUAGAAAUUUUGAUGGUAUAGAUAUCACAGAAGUGUUAUUCGGUAGUAAACGAAUCUAUGAUGGGAGGGCGUUAUUUCAUCCAAACAGUGCCUCAUCUGGUACCAUGGGUGACUUGAAUACUGUACGAGUAGGAAGGUACAAGGCGCUAUAUCUCACAGGUCAGGAUUUCGCUCCUGCCGCUGCAUGCGGUGGUAAAACAGGUCCAGUACAAUGGCAUAGCCUUCCGCUUAUAUUUAACAUUGACACAGAUCCAGCAGAGAGUUCACCCCUGAAUCAAACAUCGGCGGAGUACAAGGCAGCACUCGUGGAUAUACAUAAUGCACUGAUAUUUAUCAUGGAUGAUAUUGUCAAUGACAACACGACGAUAACAAACUGGAAGACGGAACCAAGCUGCUUGCCAUGCUGUAAUCACAAUCACGUGGCAUGUCAAUGUAAAGACUGA